AUGUUGCCAAGGGAGCUGCCUCCAGCAAACGCUGAGGAAGUGUGCGCCUGCACCCUGCCCGUGGCAGCUGCAUCCGUUGCCCUGUCGUCAGAUGAGGAGCUCCUUGCGGCCUGGGACAGCAAAAUGAUCUAUGUCUGGUCCCUUAGCAUGCUGAUCAACAAACGAGACACGAUGCCGCUCACAGAAUGGCUGGUUCCCGAUGGAACCCCAGUGAAGCAGCUCGCUUGGAGGCCGCUUCAGGCGCCUGAUGCAGUGCCAGAAGCUGCAGUGGUGACGAUGAGGGGCAAGCUUCUAAGGGGCAGCCUGGGAGGACGACUGCAGGCGCUGCCAGACGUUGCUGCAGGCGUGGUGUCCUGCGUCGCCUGGUCGGCCGAUGGUCAGCUGCUGGCGCUCGCAUCAGCAAACUGCAUCACGGUGCAGCAUGUGGAGUCAGGCCGGCACUUCCGCACAGAGUUUGACUCGAAGGAGGCCAAAGAUGCCGAUGGCAGUGUGACUGUGGACACGCUGGCCUGGUCUGGGCCUAAUUCCCUGCUUGUGUCAGCCAAUCUGCACCCCAAUGAAGACCUGGAGGCUGAAAUGGACAUUGCACCUCUAGCGUUGGUGCGCUGGGCGGCGUGGGAUGUCCAUGCAGGGGCAGACCCAGAGGAGCUGCAGCUCACAGAGUUCAUCCCGCCGCCCAUCAAUCCAGAUGCAGCUGCGCGUGACUCUGGCCCAUACGCCCGCAUCGCCCUGGUUCCUGCCUGGGGCGCCAUUGUGGUCGCCCACAGCAAAGCAAGCGACGACCACAUCAGGCUGUUUGAACAUGUUCCCGGCGGGGAAGCCAAGGGUGUAGAUGUGACGGAGGACUGGAGCGCAAUCAGGAUUCCCACAGCAAUGGACUACAAUGACAAUUAUGUCACGGGCUUGGGUAUAGAUUUCACAAGCACAGAAGUAGAGGUGAUGCCACCUGAUCCGGAGGCCUCAGCGCUGGCGCCUUCCCCAGUGCUCCUGGUGGCCACAUCCGAUGGCGCCCUUCGUCUGUUCACCUUUGCCCACAUGACCAAGCCCACUGAGGGAAUCGUGGCACCCGCGCGCCCCUACUCUGACACCCUCCCUCCCAUGGCAUCCGAGGAGCAGGCAGAGCAGUCAGAGAUGACGCAAGAGCAGACACAGGACACCGCAGCAGCUGCCCCGCUGCCAUCUGACAAUGAAGAAGAAGAAGAAGAUGAAGAGGAGGAGGAGGUAGAAUCGGUCAGUGCCAGGCAGGCAGGAGAGACAGAGCCGGCAGCAGCCGCCCCCAGCAGCAGGCCAGUGAAGGCACAGGAGGCUAAAGCCGCAGCCACCGCACUCCCACUCAGCAGCGACGAGGACGACAGCUCCUCAUCAGAGAGGGGCCCGGAGACCAGCAGCAGCAGCUCGGCCCCUGCGGCCAGGGCGGCUAGAGCAGCGCUGCUGUCCAACGACUCAGACCUGGAAGAUGACGCUGACAGCCUGGCCUCCCAAGGCGCCAGCUUUGACGGCGGGGAGCGGCCCAGCAUCAGCCGCCUGGACCUAGCGCAGCAGUCAGACGAGGACGAUGGCGCGGAGAGCAGGGCCCCACUGGGACCCAUGACUGGCCGCAAGCUUGACUUUGGCGGAGAAGCUGAGGCCCCCCAAAAGACGCAGCAGCCGCUAGCUCCGAGCAUUUUUGGCCAGAGUCAGGCAACGCCGUCGCUCUUUGGAGCACCCUCAGCGCCGCCCUCAACUUCGGCGCCUUCCACCUCUGCUGUGCCCAUUGCCAGCAUCCCCAACAGCUUCAGCUUUGGCAGCCUGCCAGCAUUCUCAUCCGCCUCAGCUGGCGCCUUCGGCCUUGGAAAACAGACGGCGACCACAGGGGCUGCCUCGUUUGAGACAGCUUUGGACGGGACAGCCAUUGUGAGUGCGCCGAGAGCAGAAACCCCAUCAAACCUGGGCAUCUUUGGGACAUCUACGUCUCCAUUUGGUGGAACAUCCAGCUCAGCAUUUGGAGCUGCCUCUGGGACAAUGCCGAAAAUGCAGGGCUCCCAAGCUCUGCCCCCUCAGCCGCCGCAGUCUGCAGCUCAGAAGGCGAUAGCCAAGGCGAGGGAGGCCAGCGAGGCAGCCGCACUCUCGAAAGCUGAGGCAACACCCUUUCCCCCACCUGCACUUCCCAGUGCAACGCCGCAGCCUUCCUUGCAGCCAGCAGCGCCGGAGCGCAGCGCUUUCACGGCACCUGCUGCCACAGCAUCAGCACCGCGCAGCUCGCAGCAGCAGCGCGCAGUGAUUCCUGUCCGCCAAAAGCCGCCAGCACCCGUGGCCAGGCUGAAAGGAGAGAGCAAGGAGUUGGCGGCCAUGGAGGGGGAUUUCCUGAAGACCCUGGCGGAAUCCAGGGAGAUGGAGCACGCAUUCUCCGAGGCAAUGGCCAGGUCGGAGGGGGAUAAGGCCAGCGGCCCUGGCACACGCCUGGGCUUCCACAGCCUGCAGGAGAGGACGGACGCUCUCAAGCGCUCUGUGGCAGACAUCCUUGACAGCCUGGCCACUGAGAGGCGGCGCUUUGGCGAGCUGCACAAUGGCUGGAGGGAAGACAGGGCGCGGGCAGAGGCGCUGCUGUAUUUCAAUGGCAAGCACAGCGAGCGCGCAUCAGCAAAUGGCGACGUAGAUGACGACGAUGCGUUGGACCCUGCCCUGCAAGACCUGGCAACCUCCAUUGACACCCAGCUGCAGGCGCUGCAGAAGCCAUCCUGCCAGCUCAACGACUGCCUCAAGGCCCUGGAGGAGAGGUUGAGCCUGCGGCAGUCAGGCGCUGGCAGUGCCCCACGCGCAUCGGCACAACAGCUCUACAAUGCAGUGAAUGCCCAGACGGCUGUUGCCAGUGCACAGCUGGAAAGGCUGGAGAUGCUGUGGCAGAAGCUGCAUGACAUGGGCAUCAGCGGGGAGGACGAUGGCGAGGAGGGCGGCAGUGGGGGCCCACCAUCAUUCCCCUACAUCAGCGCGAUCAGUGCAAGCCGGCCCUCGCCGACGUGGCAGCAGGUGCGCAAGAGUCCGCUGGGCAGGCCAAAGCCGCGUAGGCCAGCACUCUUGUCGCCCCUGAGCAGCCUUGCAGCACCUGCAGAGUCGCCCUGGGCGAGCACCUCUGCCGGCUCCCUGCGCCGCCUGCUCCUUGAGAAGGUAUCAAUUGAAGGCGGCGGUGUGCGGCUCACCAGGAUGAGCGGCACAGACUUCUUGCGGCCACCACGGGCCAACGGUCAGGAUGCCACUGAAUGGAGCACCCCAACAAAGGACGUGUUUACCAGCCAGCAACCGCCUGCUGUCGAGCCUGCCAAGCCCGCACCGUUGGCAUCUCCGUUUACGUCCUCUAUACAGCCUGAUGUCGGAGCAGUCACAUUCAAAGCGCCGACUCUACCGAGCUUUGGGCAAAGUGCAGGCUUGACAAGAGCUGGGUCAUCUGCCGCUGUGCUGGACAGGAUCCAGCCGCAGGCAGCUCCAAUGCACCAGUGGAACCCGGGCCACCGAGCGCGGCAGCCAUCCAUCUCUCCGGCGGGCAAUGCUGCGGAAGCAAGGGGGCAGCUGGCCAGGAAGGAGUCGACAGCAAGCGCUGACUCAUCAGGAAGCACGUCCAAUGCACUGCUGCGCACAAAGCAUGCGCGGCCCAGUAGCACGCCAGACUUUGCUCAGGGGCCUUCAAAGGGCAACGGGAGGCCGUUCCAGAGGCAAGCCUCGGGUAUGGGCCUUGCGAGGGCAGGAUCUGCUGCGCUGGGGCCUGCAGAGCCAGCUGACUCGUCGGACAGUGCCGCAGGGUCCACAAACAGAGGCCCGACUCUCCGAAGCGCACCACCGCCCUCUAUGCAGGCCUCCAUACCAGAAGAUGCUGUGCCAACCCCCUCGGCAGCCAAGAUGCCGCCAGUACCGACCAAGGCCGCGCUGGCAGCCGCUCACGCGCAUGGGCAAGCUGCGCUGCAAAAGGCGGCCCCUUCGCCGGCCGCAAGAAUGCCGCCCGUGCCCAGCAGAGCAGCGGUGGCAGCUGCACAGGCCCAGGGACAGGCUGCACUGCGCGCAAGUGGCGCAACACCUGUCGCCAAGACGCCUCCGGUCCCCGACAGGGCUACUGUGGCCGCGGCGCAAGCAAAGGGGCAGGCGGCUCUGCAGCAGAGUGCACCAGCGCCACCCGCUGCCAAAGUUCCCCCCGUGCCGAGCAAGGCUGCGGUGGCGGCUGCUCAGGCGCAGGGGCAAGCGGCUCUGCAGAAGAAGACAGCGGCGGCCGCACCCGCGGCAAAAAUGCCUCCCGUGCCCAGCAAAGCCGCGAUGGCCGCCGCGCAUGCGCAGGCACAGGCGGCGCUGCAGAAGCCCACCCCUGCCGCACCGAGCGCCAAGACAAGCGCAGCCACGGCGUCAAUAUCAAGCCCAUUCGCACCUCCCUCCGCGUCGGCAGCGCCUGCCGCGAGCCCAGCGCAGCCGGUGUUCAACUUUGCCAAGCUGACCACCGGCGAUGCAGCCUCCCCUGCAGUGAGCCAGCCUGUUGUCUCCACCGCACAGCCGUCAGUUGCCUUCUCCUUUGCGUCCGCCAUGUCAGCAUCCAUGGGUGCGACAGGCACAACCACAGCUGCCGGCCAGACUACCUCACUCUUUGGCUCCAUGCAGGCGUCAUCCCAACCUGCAGGGUCCAGCCCAGCAGCAUCCCAGCCACUGUUUGGCUCAUCUGGCGUGCCGUCCCCUGUGACAUCGUUUUCACAGCCUCUCGCCUCAGCGCCAGCACCGAGCAUCAGCUUUGGAGCUCCAUCAGCAGCCAACUUUGGAUCCACGGCAGCUUCCGCAGCACCUUCCUCUACCUUUGGGGGCUUUGGUCAGCAGGCUGCCACACCCAGCAGCCCUUUGACAUCCACCUUUGGGAGCCAGGCGCCAUCACCGUCCACGUCAGCUUUUGGCACGCUGUCCUUUGGGACGGCAGCUUCCCAGCCAGCAUCCUCCCCGGCAGCACUGACUUCAGGUUUCAGCGCCUUUGGCGGCCUAGGCCAGCCGACACCAGCCAGCACACCGGCCGCCUCCCCCUUUGGCAAAGGGAUCUCAUUUGGCACACCAGUUGCGUCGUCAGCCCCAAGCCCCUUCGGCAGCUUUGGGCAGCCCUCUAGCGGCGGAGCAGCAACGGGAUUUGCCGGAUUUAGUCAGUCGUCGCCUGCCUUCGGCCAGCCGCAGAGUCCCAUUAGCUCGGCCGCGCCCAGCAGCGGCGCCUUCUCAGGCGGCUUUGGGCAGAGCUCGGGCUUUGGGCAGGCGGCGGGCGGCGGCUUUGGGCAGCCCUCUCCCCUGGGCGGCGCUUUUGGGCAGCUUACCAAGCCAGGUUUCGGACAAGCGGCGGCGGCAUCUCCGGCAUUUGGCGCACCAGCGAUGCCCGGGUUUGGGGCUCCGGCAACACCAGGCUUCGGGUCGCCUGCAGCGCCUUCCCCGCCCUUCGGCAGCGCCACUGGCAGCAACGCCUUUGGCGCGGCGGCCGCCCAAGGAAGUGGGUUUGCACCGUUUGCUUCCAUGGCCGGGCAGCCCAGCGCAUUCAAUGCAGCUGCCCAGGCGGGCGGCGGCUUCGGGGCAGCUGCGCAGCAGGGAGGUGGCUUUGGUGGCUUUGGCGGGGGGUCCGGCUUUGGCGCUCUUGGCGGUGCAGCAUCCUCUCCGGCAGCAGCCCCGGGCAACAGUGACAUGUGGCAGAUGCGCAAGUGA